UCUCCUCGCCCCCGUCUCCAGCCCCGAGCUCACCAAUGGCGGCACCCCCGGCUCCCCUCUCGCUCUCCGCCUCCGCCCUGUCCGCGCGCGUGCGCCUCGCCGCGCCGGCUUCGCGCGCGGCCGCCGCGCGGCGGCGCGGGCCGAUGGUGGUCCGCGCCAAGAUCCGGGAGAUCUUCAUGCCGGCGCUCAGCUCCACCAUGACGGAGGGCAAGAUCGUGUCCUGGACCGCCGCGGAGGGCGACCGCGUCAGCAAGGGCGACGCCGUCGUCGUCGUCGAGUCCGACAAGGCCGACAUGGACGUCGAGACCUUCUACGACGGCAUCGUCGCCGUCGUCCUCGUCCCCGCCGGGGAGUCCGCCCCCGUCGGCGCCCCCAUCGCGCUGCUCGCCGAGUCCGACGAGGACGUCGCGCUCGCCCUCGCCCAGGCCCAGACGCUCUCCAGCGGACAGCCAUCCUCUCCUCCUUCCGAUGCGGCCGCUCCCCCCGCCCCGCCUCCGCCGGCGGAGGCUCCCGUGGCUGCUCCUGCUCCAGUUGGCGCGGGGACGAAGGGGAUCGCCACGCCGCAGGCUAAGAAGCUGGCCAAGCAGCACAGGGUGGAUCUUGCCAAGGUGACCGGCACCGGGCAGUUCGGCCGAAUUACGCCUGCAGAUGUUGAGGCGGCCGCCGGCAUCCAGCCCAAGACAAAGGUUGCUUGUACUCCCGCUGCUGCUGCACCUGUGGCAGCUCCAUCAGCGAAGGCUGUGCCGCAGGCGGCCGUGCUUCCCCCGGUACCUGGUGCCACCGUGGUUCCAUUCACUGCAAUGCAGGCUGCAGUGAGCAAGAACAUGGUGGAGAGCCUGUCAGUGCCCACGUUCCGUGUCGGGUACCCCAUUUUAACCGAUAAGCUCGACGCGCUGUAUGAGAAGGUCAAGCCAAAGGGAGUGACCAUGACUGUAUUGCUCGCCAAGGCCGCGGCUAUGGCGCUGGCGCAGUACCCUGUGGUCUACGCUAGCUGCAGGGACGGGUCGAGCUUCACGUACAACAGUUCCAUCAACAUUGCUGUGGCCGUCGCCAUUGACGGCGGGCUCAUUACACCCGUCCUGGAGCAAGCUGAUAAGCUGGAUAUAUAUCUACUCUCACAAAAGUGGAAGGAGCUAGUCAAGAAGGCACGCGCAAAACAGCUCCAACCAAAUGAGUACAACUCUGGUACAUUUACACUGUCCAACUUGGGUAUGUUUGGUGUAGAUAGAUUUGAUGCAAUUCUCCCACCUGGCCAGGGAGCUAUAAUGGCUGUUGGAGCCUCAAAACCCACAGUGGUGGCUGACAAGGACGGUUUCUUUAGUGUCAAGAACAAAAUGCUGGUCAAUGUCACAGCUGAUCACAGAAUUGUUUAUGGUGCUGAUUUGGCAGCCUUCCUGCAAACUUUUGCAAAGAUUAUUGAGGAUCCUGAGAGCUUAACUUUGUAAGAUUUUCUUGUAAGUGGUAUAUGUGCCGAUCAGUCAUUAGUUUAUUUCCAAUUGGAAGUCUGUCGAUGUGUUCAAUUUUUUGUAUCUUUGAGCACUCAAGGAGUAUUGCUUUUGAGCUGUUUGUACUGUAUUUACUUCAGAACAUGGAUACCAUUGAAGAGGGGUUACUCUGUUAAUGUUAUGGAAGUUUUGGAAAGCAAUAAGUUAUAAUAGUUUUAACUAUCA